AUGGACUCCGGGCCCGUGCAGGCGCUGCAGCUCCGGGACCAACCGCAGCCAGCGAGCGCCGCGACUGGCUCGGCCGCAGCCAAUGGGGCGGGCUCGGGCCUCCAUGUGAUGGCGAGCUCUCUCCCCCGCCGGCUCUCCCGCGUCUGUCGGAGGUCUGGGCGCUUCCGCCGCCGGGCGUGCUGGCCGGAGGGGCGGCGUGGCGAGUUCGGUGGCCCGGGGUCUGACGCUGGCGGCGGGAGGCUCCUGGACUGCGCGCAGGUGCAGCCGGCGGGGAGGGGCAGCCGCCGUAGCUCGCAGUCGCCCCAUCGCUCAGCUGAAAAACGCCCACCUGGACAGGGCGCGGGGCCCGGCGGCCAGUGUCGCCAGGCUGGCGCGAGGCCACCUCAGGAACCUUCAUCCCCCCCUGGGGCUAUCCUGUCAAUUCAAGCUCUGAUAGUGUAUUUCCCAAGCACGAACCCCGAAAGCCUUCUGCAUGCAAUUCUUCAUCUCAAAUUUGUUUCCAAGGAACCCAAGACUAUACCAUCUAUGAAGACGAGUAUUUUGUUUAUUUACUGCUAUAUCCCCAGUGCUCAGGACUGUGCCUGGCAAAUAGCGGUCACUCAUAAAAAUCUGUUUGAUGAAUAA